AUGGAGCAAUCAGAAGUUAUUAUGGGUGAAGUUUCGCCAUCGGAACAUUCGCAUGGUAAUUCCGACGUAUCCGAUACUGAAAUGAAAGAGCCCGAACCGGACUUUUAUUCUGCAAGAACUUCAAUGGCGAGUACACCUACAACAGAUUACUUUCCUGACAGUGAAGAAGAACUUUAUGAUGACGAGCCAAGUGAACUUCCUGCUAUUCCAAUAAACUAUAAUCGAGGUCGUCGUACUUCUGUAAGCGCUGAAUCAAUGGCUCCUAGUCAAGAUAAAGAUUAUGUUAAGGUUAUUAUUCCAAAAACACAAGAACAAAGAGAGCGGAUAGAAACUUCUAUUGAAAAUAACUUUUUAUUUAAAAACCUUGAUGAAGAGCAGUAUAAAGACGUUAUUGAUGCUAUGGUUGAAAAAAGAGUUUUAAAUCAAGAAGCGAUUAUUAAACAAGGUGGAAUUGGUGACUUUUUUUAUGUAGUAGAAACUGGUACAUUUGAUGUUUAUGUUUCGAAAAAUGGUGUUCAAGACAAAGUUCAUAAUUAUGGCCCUGGUGGUAGUUUUGGUGAAUUGGCUUUAAUGUACAAUGCUCCACGAGCGGCCACUGUGGUUGCUACCUCAGAUUCGGUACUUUGGGCUCUUGAUAGAGUAACUUUUAGAAGAAUUUUAAUGGAAAAUACUUCUCGUAAACGUAAGAUGUAUGAAUCAUUUCUCGAGGAAGUUCCGAUCCUAGUGUCAUUAGAACCUUAUGAAAGGCAUAAAAUCGCUGAUGCGUUAGAGUCCGCGAUUUAUGAAGAUGGUCAAUUGGUAAUUAAACAAGGUGACAUUGAGCUUGCUUUACUUAACAACAAACCCCGUGCCGUAAAUAUAACUGCAAAAGGUCGAUUAAAGGUUGCUACGUUAGGCAAGAAAGCUUUCGUCCGAUUAUUAGGCCCUAUUGUCGAUAUCUUGAAACGUAACAGCGAUAAUUAUGAGACUAUCACACGUAAUGUUCAUCAAUAG